CGCGUUUUAUCCACUUACAUGUGCGCAUGGUCAUGGCGAUGAAUGGUGGAAACAACAUAGAAAUCAUGUCGAGGAAUGGCGAUGUUCCUAUGAAAAAGCAACGGUUUAACACCCGUGUGCCUGUACAAGUAGUUCUAGGAACACAAUGGGGAGACGAAGGAAAGGGGAAAAUCGUCGACAUGUUGGCGACGGACGUAGAGAUCUGCUGCCGAUGUCAGGGAGGAAACAAUGCAGGACACACAGUGGUGGUGAAGGACCAGGCAUACGACUUCCACCUUCUGCCCAGUGGUAUCGUCAACAGCAAUUGUGUGGGUGUUAUAGGCAAUGGAGUUGUGAUUCAUCUGCCAAAUUUGUUUGAAGAGAUCAAAAAGAAUGAGGACAAGGGUUUGACUGACCUGAAGAAGCGCUUGAUAAUCUCCACAAGAGCACAUCUAGUGUUUGAUUUGCACCAACAAGUUGACGGUAUGCAAGAACAAAACAGAGGAAAAAACUUAAUCGGUACUACGAAAAAGGGUAUCGGCCCGGCAUAUUCAUCUAAGGCAACGAGGAACGGUUUACGAAUCGCUGAUCUUCUUGGUGACUACUCCUAUUUUUCAGAACAUUUUCGCAAGCUGGUAGACUUCUAUAUCCGGCAGUUUCCUGAGCUGAAAGAAGUAGUCAACGUUGAAGAGGAACUGAAACGCUAUGAAGUCCUGCGGGAAGAGGUUCGUCCCAUGGUACGAGACACCAUCCCCUACCUCCACAAGGCCAUUACUGACUGCAAGACCAUACUUAUAGAGGGAGCUCAGUCCAAUGUCCUUGACAUUGACUUUGGUCUGUAUCCAUAUGUGACCUCAUCAAACUGCAGUGUUGGAGGUAUCUGUACUGGGCUAGGAAUCCCACCUCAUGUUCUAGGGGAUGUGUUUGGUGUCGUCAAGGCCUAUCUCACAAGGGUGGGCAGUGGUGGAUUCCCAACAGAACUUAAAGAUGAAAAAGGUCAAACUCUGGUUGAUAGAGGUCAUGAGUACGGAGUCACCACAGGUCGCAGGCGGCGAGUGGGCUGGCUAGAUAUGGUCAUGUUGAAGUACUCCAACAUGAUCAAUGGUUUUACUGCUGUUGCUAUCACCAAACUGGAUAUACUUGAUACAUUCAAGGAGGUGAAGAUUGGUGUGAAGUACAUCCUUGAUGGUGAGGAGUAUGAAAGCUUCCCAGCACUGGAUGAGGACUUGAAGCGAAUUGAAGUAGUAUAUGAAACCCUGCCUGGAUGGGAAGAGGACACCUCCUCAGCAAGGAAGUUUUCCGAACUGCCCCAGAAUGCGCAAAGUUACAUCAGAAGAGUGGAAAAGUUGAUGGAAGUACCAGUGAAAUGGAUAGGUGUCGGGCAGUCGAGAGACUCCAUCAUUGAAGUGGGCUCCUGCUGACCUUGUGCCCUAGUUAGGGCUUCAUGACGUCAUCUGUAACUGGAAUACAGGGAUUAUUGUAGAGGUGUUGGUCAUCAUCUUAUAUUUUUGAAUAUGGUGUGCCUGAUAUUUUUAGUCGUACAAUUGUAUAUCUGUCUGUAUUGAAGUUGAGGGUAACACAAAAUAUUCACCAAGGUUUAAUAUCUAUUUUCUCUCUUACCUUUUCCAUAAUGUGUGAUAACAAACCGCCUCGAUCUGUUUUAUACGUGCCAUGUCCUGAUUUAUAUAUUGGACUAUCAAGAUCCGACAGAUUCUGGUCAAUCAGUUCUUACUUUUUAGAAUUAUAUUUUUUAGAAAAUUUCUGUGUCUAAGAUUUUUAGAGCAUUAAUGCAUUUAUAUAAACCAGGUAGGUACCUGGAUGAUAGUUGCCUUUGAUUUUAAAGAGAAAAGGUAAAAUUUAACUCCUGACUAAACUAAAUGUUCUAUUAAAUAUGUAUUUUUAACCCUCAUAUGUAUAUAACUAUUUUAUGUAACUUUGUUUCAAGAAUACCUAAAUUUCCACAAUAUAGAUAUCAUAUCCCGUUGCUUUUUACAUUAUACAAAGGUAAUCCAACAGCUGUAUUUAGUAUAAAAAUUAUAUACUUACAUCAGUCUAAGUCUAUAUUUGAGAAGAAUUUAUUUUUAAAAUAGAUGGGAUUAAAAAAUUUAGGGAUGUUCAAGUAAAAAUAAUAUCCAACGGAUAACUCCAGAAAUAAAGUAUAGUAGGCUAAUAGAAUUUAAAAUUUAAAUGGUGUUUUAUAAUAAUAAUAAUAAUUGUGGGGAGAGGUCGCCUAAGACAAAGCUGUUGCGAUUGGCUUUUUUCCGACAGAAGGCAUCAUCCGUCUGUGAACAUGUUACAUUUUUACACUUUCCAGAAACCUCUAACCAAUUUCAUUGAAAUUUCACAUGAUACAGAAUAUAUGUAAGAUUGAAAUGUGACAAUGCUGUAUUGAGUUUGAAAACAGCAAGCUUUAGGGGAAAUUCCAUUACAAAACAAGAAAAAGACUUGGAAACUUUAACUGAGAAUAACAGAAAUGAAAAUUAUUUCAAAACAUUAGAACAAUAUGUAUACAAGUCAUUGUGAGAUUGUCAAAUUAGAUUACAAGCAAAAUGGAUUGAGCAAGAUAUAUAAUUUGAUUAAGAGUUUCAUGAUGAGGCAGAGAAAGAGAUGAUGAAGAGGAUUGGGUGAAGGAUGACAAUUAAAAGGAAAUAGCAAAAAGUUUUGAGGAGAAUUGAAAUAAGGAAGCAAAUUUCCCAAACACAAACCUAUAUGAACAAUUACUUUGUUGAUACAGGGGAAAACAUACAGAUGUAUGGCCAUUAAAGCUUCAGAUUGUUAGAAAUUAUAUGAUCCCAUUUGAACUAAAGAUUAAUCUUGUAAAAAAUAUUCUGGAAGAAAAAAUAUUCUGGAAGAAUGAAUUAGCAUCAUGUUUUCAUUACAAUUAGAACUUUUAAAGCGAGUCUGAUUCAAUUUCAGGUGCUACCAAAUCAUCAAAAAGUCAUUUGUGUUUUUCGUUUUAUAUCAGAGUUUUUAUAAUCUUUAUUUUUUGUGAGCUUUAUUUGUCCUCAUGUUUUCAUCAUCCAUAUACCUGUUUCGAAUUGGUUUGAAACAGAUUUUGCAUCAGUUCUGAUUUUGUGUCAAACUGAGUGUUUUGUUAAGUGAUCUGCUGAGAAGUUUGUAGUGUUAUGCUAUCAAUGAAUACUCCCAGAAGUGUUUUUAAAAAUGUCUCCACAACCAUUGUCAUCAUUUACUUGUUAUCUGUUCUCCUGGUUCAGUGAUAUGGUUUCUUGAUUACCUCCCUUGAACUGUAAGAUUGCGUAACCUAGUGAUAGUACUAAUGUAAUACCAUUUCAUAAAGAUUUAUUUUUAGGUCUUUGAAUUGUAUAUGAAUGUCAUGCUUGCAUGAUAAUAUUUCAAAGUUAAGAUUUAUUUUCAGGUCUUUCAAAUGUAUAUAAAGUGUAAGGCUCGCAUGAUGUUAUAAAGUUUGUAACUACUUAACGUUCAGUAAAUGAACAGGUUAGGCCCAUUUCAGGUAGAUCCACUGUAUGAUUGGUGAGGCACUUAUAAUGACUGUACAUGGGUGGUGGGAUUUACCGGUCAUUUGUAUAACGAGACCUUGAAAACAUAUCGGUGUGGAUUCACCUGUCUCCUCGUUUCCCUGUAAAUAUUUCUCUUUUCCACAAUUAAUGUCACAUCAUGGUCUACGCGUUAUGGUAUUGCAUAUAAAAUUGAAUGUUUGCUUCUGAAGUAAACAAACUAUAUAUGUAAACUAGCCAGGACAGCAAUAUUAAGAAAAAAUUUGUGUACAGCUGUUCUCAAGGUUUUAUUGACGUUCACAUGUAGAGUAUUUUCACGGUGAUCUUCAGGCACAAUUUAUUUCUCGGCAACCUCUUCAAGGAUCAGUGAAUUUUUGUUGCAAAGAAAUAUGAAGUCUUGCAUAAUUUCUUUUUGGUGACAAAGAUAGGUGUCAAAUAAAAUUUUGAAAUAUUGGUUUUUCCAAUUGUACAUAUUAAUAUGCAAGAACAGUCUUUAAACUAGAAUGUUUCAAUCCUAUUUGCUUUUCCUCUAGAUAUGAAAAAUUGAAUGAUGCAACCUGUGUUAGAAUGGUAUAAUAUGCAAAUAUUAAAAACAUUUCAAAAGCAACAAGUGGAGAUCUUUGAAAUCCUAGUUUUUAUUUUGAAAUUUUGGCCCUGGUAUCACAGUACUUUAAAAUAGAUACUCUUUGAAUUCCCAUUUUACUUUGAAUAUGAUGUAAUCUAGAUCAGAUGUUUAUUCAGUCUCAAGUCAAAAAAAGUUGUAUUAAAUAAAACUUGAUUGAGAUAUGAUACACCAAUAUUUUGAGUUAUGUAUUUAUGGAUUGGCAUAUUUUGAGAAAGUUUUGUGAUUCCAGGGCCUGGUAAGUAACACAUUUUUAAAUUUAUUGAAACUGUUCUUUUAUUGAUAGAAUUUGUUUGAAGUAUACAGAGUGACGAUUAUUUCUGUUGGAAUGCGAUAUAUAUGUGUGUAGCAAAUCUGUAAUGUUUCUCAUGGACAGCUAAAUCUGAAAAAGGUUUUCAAGAUUUGGUUAUUGGCUGGGGAAGGGAGUCUUGUAAUUUGUAUCAUUCUAGUAAAAUAAAGAGCAAUGUUAUAUAGAGGGCUCCAGGAAAUCAAAUAAUUGUCCUUACUUAACCUUGGAAUUACAUAAACAUGAUUUGUUAUGUUACAGUAACAUGUUGUAUCGGAUAUACCAUGCUCUUUCUCUUGUCAGCUGUUGUACAGGAACUAAGAAAGGAUUAAAGAAUCACUAAUUCUAA